UGGCCCACCAUCACUUUUCUCCGGGAUUAGGCCACUUUCAUUGGCCGAUCUAGCCGACAGUCAGAAUGGUGACGAACGACUCAUUCGGGUUGACAUCACCUUUUCAGCAGCCCAAGGCAUUUCAACUUCUGUAGCCACCCGGAGAAGAAUCUUCAUCAAUUUCCCCCCCGAUUAGCAUGUAAAAUAUAUUUCGAUGCUGGUGUUGAAAUAUUAGGCUACAGCUUUUAAGACUAGCGGGAAGAUUCAAUAUCGACACAAGAACCGAAUGCAGUGGAAGCGCUUUUGGUGGAAAAUAAAACAACUCGCUAUGAUGGGUGUGUUUGACAAUAGGAGAAUUGUUGAAUGUUUCUAGCAGCUCGACACUGAGCAGUGACAUUGCUCCUCGUAACAGAUCUCACUGCUCUCUGCCAUUCUAUGGUGUUUCAGUCGUUGCCCUGUGGAUCUACAGUAUAUGAGAACGAAACCUGUCUGGACAGUGGAAUUGUACAGAAGUAAACGAGAAAUCUCAACUUAACAGCCAUGUCUGGAGCCUCGGUGAAAGUCGCCGUGAGAGUUCGGCCCUUCAACUCAAGGGAGGUCAGCAAGGAAUCAAAAUGCAUUAUUCAGAUGCAAGGGAACUCCACCACCAUUCUAAACCCCAAAAGUCCAAAGGAACCACCCAAGACCUUCAGCUUCGACUACUCUUACUGGUCUCACACCUCGCUGGAGGACCCCUGUUUCGCCUCACAGUCCCUUGUGUACAAUGACAUCGGGAAGGAGAUGCUGCAGCAUGCCUUCGAAGGCUACAACGUCUGCAUCUUCGCCUACGGCCAGACCGGGGCAGGAAAAUCCUACACCAUGAUGGGCAAGCAAGAGGAGGGCCAGGAGGGCAUCAUUCCACAGCUCUGUGAAGAACUCUUUGAGAAAAUCAAUGACAACAGCCAAGAGGACAUGUCUUACUCAGUGGAGGUCAGCUACAUGGAGAUUUACUGUGAGAGAGUGCGGGACCUGCUGAACCCCAAGAACAAGGGUCACCUGCGGGUUCGGGAGCACCCCCUCAUGGGCCCCUAUGUGGAGGACCUGUCCAAGCUGGCCGUCACCUCCUACACUGACAUUGCCGACCUGAUGGAUGCCGGCAACAAGGCCAGGACGGUCGCUGCCACAAACAUGAAUGAGACCAGCAGCCGGUCCCACGCCGUCUUCACCAUCGUCUUCACGCAGAAGAAGCAUGACAGCGAGACCGACCUCUCCACUGAAAAGGUCAGCAAAGUCAGCCUCGUGGACCUGGCAGGCAGCGAGCGAGCUGACUCGACGGGGGCGAAAGGGACAAGGUUAAAGGAGGGGGCAAACAUCAAUAAAUCUCUCACCACGUUGGGCAAAGUCAUCUCUGCCCUAGCCGAGGUGGAUAACUGUACCAGCAAGAGCAAGAAGAAGAAGAAGACUGACUUCAUUCCAUACAGAGACUCUGUACUCACAUGGCUGCUCAGGGAGAAUUUAGGUGGCAACUCCAGGACGGCCAUGGUGGCGGCUCUCAGCCCGGCAGACAUCAACUAUGACGAGACCCUCAGCACGCUACGAUAUGCGGACCGGGCCAAGCAGAUUAAGUGCAACGCUGUCAUCAACGAGGACCCCAACAACAGGCUGGUGCGUGAGCUGAAGGAAGAGGUGACGCGCCUCAAGGACCUGCUGCGCGCCCAAGGCCUGGGCGACAUCCUGGACAUCGAGCCGAUGGGGGAUGAUUACCCGGGAAGUGGAAGCAAAUACCUGAAAGACAUACACAACAGUAAGCAUAGGUACUUGCUAGCCUCAGAGAACCAACGGCCCGGCCAUCUCUCCACAGCGCCCAUCGGCUCACUGACCGCCUCCCCGUCCUCCGGCUCGCUCUGCAGCCAGGUGGGCCCACAGUCCGUCACCAGCAUCCAGGAGCGCAUCAUGUCCACCCCUGGAGGGGAGGAGGCCAUCGAGCGGCUCAAGGAAUCUGAGAAGAUCAUCGCCGAGCUGAAUGAGACGUGGGAGGAGAAACUGCGGAAGACCGAGUCCAUCCGCAUGGAAAGGGAGGCGCUCCUGGCUGAAAUGGGCGUGGCCAUCCGGGAGGAUGGGGGUACACUUGGGGUUUUUUCACCUAAAAAGACGCCUCAUCUGGUGAACUUGAACGAAGACCCCUUGAUGUCAGAGUGUCUGCUUUACUACAUCAAAGAUGGAAUUACAAGGGUCGGACAGGCGGACGCUGAGAGACGGCAGGACAUUGUUCUGAGUGGAGCGCACAUCAAAGAGGAGCACUGCAUCUUCCGCAGUGAGAGGAACCUGAACGGAGACGUGAUCGUUCUGCUGGAGCCCUGCGAGGGGUCGGAGACGUACGUGAACGGCAAGCGGGUGGGCGCCGUGGUGCAGCUGCGCUCGGGGAACCGCAUCAUCAUGGGCAAGAACCACGUGUUCCGGUUCAACCACCCGGAGCAGGCGCGGGCCGAGCGGGAGAAGACCCCGUCGGCGGAGACGCCCGUGGAGCCUGUGGACUGGACCUUCGCCCAGAGGGAGCUGCUGGAGAAGCAGGGCAUCGACAUGAAGCAGGAGAUGGAGAAGAGGCUGACCGAAAUGGAGAUCCUGUACAAGAAAGAGAAAGAAGAAGCCGACCAACUCCUUGAGCAGCAGAGACUGGUGUACGAGAGCAAGCUACAGGAGCUGCAGAAGCAGGUGGAGACACGCUCGCUGGCAGCGGAGACCCCCGAGGAAGAGGAGGAGGAAGAGGAGGAAGUGCCAUGGACACAGCAUGAGUUUGAGCUGGCUCAGUGGGCCUUCAGGAAGUGGAAGUACCACCAGUUUACCUCACUGAGAGACCAGCUGUGGGGAAAUGCUGUCUACCUCAAGGAGGCCAAUGCCAUCAGCGUGGAGCUGAAGAAGAAGGUGCAGUUCCAGUUUGUACUCCUCACAGACACCCUUUACUCCCCUCUGCCUCCUGAGCUCCUGCCCCCGGAGCCAGAGAAGGAGCGCGACCCUCGGCCCUUCCCUCGCACCGUGGUGGCUGUGGAGGUCCAGGACCUGAAGAACGGGGCCACACACUACUGGUCUCUGGAGAAGCUGAAGCAGCGGCUGGACCAGAUGAGGGAGAUGUACGAUCGUGCUGGGGAGAUGACCUCCCCAAACCAGGAGGACGACGAAGGCGCCCUGACGGGGAAUGACCCCUUCUACGACCGCUUCCACUGGUUCAAACUGAUGGGAAGCUCGCCGAUGUUCCACGGCUGUGUGAACGAGCACAUCACGGACCGCUCGCCCUCACCCACCUUCUCUGCGUCCGACUCCGACAUCACCGAGCUGGCGGACGGGCGGCCCAGCGAGAUGGAGGACCUGAUGGACGACGAGGCCUUCGUGGAUGACGCUGGCUCCGAUGCCGGCACCGAGGAGGGGUCGGACAUCUUCAGCGACGGCCAGGACCCCUUCUAUGACCGCUCGCCCUGGUUCAUACUGGUGGGAAGGGCGUUUGUGUACCUGAGUAACCUGCUGUACCCUGUUCCCCUGGUGCACCGUGCAGCCAUUGUGACAGAGAAGGGGGAAGUGCAAGGCUUCCUUCGAGUAGGGGUCCAGGCCAUUGCAGCUGAUGAAGAGGCCCCAGACUACGGGUCUGGAGUUCGGCAGUCUGGCACAGCAAAGAUCUCCUUUGAUGACGAGUACUUCAAAGCGAAUGACCAGUCCUCUGCUGCCAUGACCCACUCUGGGCUUUCCCUGGAGGAGCUGCGCAUUGUGGAGGGCCAAGGUCAAAGCUCAGAGGCCGACACACCCUCAGAAGAGAUGACCAGAGUGAAAGACAUGGAUCUGAAGCUGGAAGGCGAGGACGCUAAGAUGGGUCUGUCUGAGGGACAUGCGGGGCAGCUGGUGGUGGGAAGCACCUUCACCUUCCGUGUGACCGUCCUCCAGGCCAGCGGCAUCCUGCCCGAUUACACUGACAUCUUCUGCCAGUUCAACUUCCUCCACGGUCACGAUGAAGCCUUCUCCACAGAGCCUUUGAAGAACUCGGGAAAAGGUUCCCCACUGGGGUUCUACCACGUGCAGAACAUUGCAGUGGAGGUGACGGAGUCCUUCAUAGAGUACCUCAGGACCAAGCCCAUUGUGUUUGAAGUGUUUGGCCACUACCAGCAUCCCACUCUGCAUCUGCAGGGCCAAGACUUGAACAGUCCUCUUCAGCCUUCCAGGAAGUACUACCCACCCCCUAUGCCACUGUCAAAAACAGUGCCAGCUACCAAGCUGAAUGCUAUCAGCAAGCCUAACCUGGGCCAGUGUGUCAGCAAGUACGACCUGCUGGUGUGGUUCGAGAUCAGUGAGCUGGAACCCACUGGAGAGUAUAUCCCAGCUGUGGUGGAUCACACAGGGGGACUGCCCUGCCAUGGCACCUACCUCCUGCACCAGGGGAUCCAACGCAGGAUCACGGUCACCAUCAUCCACGAGAAGGGCAGCGAGCUGCACUGGAAGGACGUGAGGGAGCUGGUGGUUGGUCGGAUUAGGAACAAGCCAGAGGUCGAUGACUCUGCAGCAGACGUGGUCUUGUCUCUCAAUAUCAUCUCAGCCAAAAACAUCAAGUCGUCCCAUAACUCCAACAGGACCUUCUACCGGUUUGAGACAGUGUGGGACAGCUCCCUGCACAACUCCCUCCUGUUGAACCGGGUCACCCCCUAUGGCGAGAAGAUCUAUAUGACCCUGUCUGCCUACCUGGAGCUGGACCACUGCAUCCAGCCAGCCAUUAUCACCAAGGAUGUGUGCAUGGUGUUCUACUCCAGGGAUGCCAAAAUCUCCCCACCCCGCUCCCUGAGGACCCUCUUCGGAAAUGGAUACUCCAAAACGCCAGAGUGCAACAGAGUGACAGGGAUCUAUGAGCUGAGCUUGUGCAAGAUGGCUGACACAGGAAGCCCAGGUAUGCAGCGGCGCCGGCGGAAGGUUCUGGACACGUCAGUGGCGUACGUGCGGGGGGAGGAGAAUCUGGCAGGCUGGAGGCCCCGAGGGGACAGCUUGAUUCUGGAGCACCAAUGGGAGCUGGACAAGCUGGAGCAGCUGCAGGAGGUGGAGAGGACGCGCCACCUGCUGCUGCUGCGUGAGAGCCUGGGGGACGCGGGCCCCAAGUCCCCGAGCGAGUCCCUGUCCCCCAGCCUGAGCAGCGACAGCCUCAGCACCUCCACCAGCAUCUCCUCCCAGAUCUCCACCACCACCUUCGAGAGCGCCGUCACGCCCAGCGAGAGCAGCGGCUACGACUCGGCCGACAUCGAGAGCCUGGCGGAUCGCGAGAAGGAGCUGGCCACCAAGUGCCUGCAGCUCCUGACCCACACUUUCAACAGCGAGUACAACCAAGUGUGCAACAGCAUCAGUGACUGCAAGCUGUCGGAUAUCUCCCCAAUGGAUCGAGACCCGUCAGUGUCCAGCCUCAGCAGUGCCACCCUCACCCCCUCCUCCACCUGCCCCUCCCUGGAUGAGUCCCGGUGCGGCUCCGCUGAUCACAAAGCGACAGAGACCAACUCCCGUGCCUCCAGUCCCUCCUGUUCCGAUUAUGAGAACUUUCCCAUGGUGCCCACGCUGGAGACCUCCUAUCUGGCCCGUGCUGGCAAGAACGAGUUCCUUAACCUGGUUCCCGACAUCGAGGAGAUGAGGCCAGGGUCUGUGGUAUCCAAGAAGGGCUACCUGAACUUCAUGGAGCCACGCUCCAACUCCUGGGUGAAGCACUUUGUGGUGGUGCGGAGGCCCUAUGUCCUCAUCUACAAUAACGACAAGGACCCCGUAGAGAGAGGUGUCCUCAACCUGUCUACGGCCCAGGUGGAGUACAGCGAGGACCAGCAGGCCGUGCUCAAGACUCCCUACACGUUCGCUGUGUGCACAAAGCACAGAGGCAUUCUGCUCCAGGCCCUUAACGAUAAAGACAUGAAUGACUGGCUGUAUGCCUUCAACCCGCUGCUGGCUGGAACCAUAAGGUCGAAGUCAGCUAGAAGACGCUCAGACCUGAUAAAGAACUAAGACGUCUUCUUUCUGUGAGGAAGAAAUAACGCUCUUCACUUCUUCUGGCAAGCCUCUGAGCGAACCGAGCGUUAACUCUCGUUAACCUUUGUGAUUCUUGACAGCUUUCUCCUGUACAUAGACCUGUGGCUUAAAACUCCUCUCAAAGCAACUUAAGUUUAAGCCCCUGAGAAGCCUCCCCCCCCGUCUUCUUUAUUUCAGUUUCAUGCCCCCUCCUGUUCCGUUCGUUCUUUGUCAGACUGAAAUGUUCUACUAGUAGCAUGUUGUAGUGCAGUCUAGCUGUGUGUGCACGGUUCUUCAAAAUCAGUCUCUCUUCUCUGCCGUUCUUGAGUUUCUGAGUGUCUGUAAAAAAAAAAAGAAAAAAGAAAAAAGUCAUCUUUAUUCGAUGUCAUCUGUCAGUCAGGAACAUUCUGUUUGCUGUUCGGUAUCUUUUUUUUUUUUGCUGUCCUCAGGGGAAGACGUUUAGCUUGCAAAGCAAAAACAAACAGGACAAUUAAACUAGAAAGUGCAAAAAAAAAAAAAAAAACAA